UCGAAUGUGAGGGGAGCGGCAGGCUGAACAGAUGGACAAAGACUGCCUGUUCGACAUAUUCUGCUAACCUCACGUUUUCCCUUCUGUGCUUGUCAUGGCGUUAACUGCAAUUCACGAGAUUCUUGAUUUCAAGGGACUAUUGCUCUUCGUGGUGGCUUUUCUUUUGGUGGCAGACUACCUGAAGAACAGAAACCCACCGAAUUACCCACCAAGCCCUUUCUCUCUUCCACUCCUAGGAAACAUCUUCAACAUGGACUCCAGAGAGCCACAUAUAUAUCUGACAAAGCUAGGCCAUGCCUACAACAAUAUCUUCAGUCUGCGAUUAGGAAGAGACAAAGUGGUUUUCAUUACUGGUUAUAAAAUGGUGAAGGAGGCCCUGGUGACUCAAGCUGAAAACUUUGUGGACCGGCCCUACAGUCCAUUGCUAGCACGAGUCUAUUCGGGCAAUGCUGGACUCUUCUUCAGUAAUGGUCAGAUGUGGAAGAAGCAGCGCCAUUUUGCUCUUUCAACACUGAGGAACUUUGGUUUGGGAAAGAAAACAAUGGAGCUGGCCAUCUGCGAAGAGAGCCGCUUCCUGCUGGAUGAGAUGGACAAACAGAAAGGAGCUACCUUUGACCCAACAAUACUGUUCAACAAUGCUGUUUCCAAUAUCAUCUGUCAAAUGGUUUUCGGUCAGAGAUUUGAUUAUGCUGACCACCAAUUCAGGACAAUGCUAAAAUAUAUUUCUAAAAACAUUCAAAUAGAGGGCUCCAUUUGGGGGCAGCUCUAUGAAGCAUUUCCAGGUAUUAUGAAGCACCUUCCAGGGCCGCACAAUGACAUGUUCAGUAACUACAAGAUAUUACAUGCCUUCGUAAGAGAGUUUAUCAUCAAACACAAGGCCGAACUGGACCCCUCAGAGCCUCGGGACUACAUCGACAGCUUCCUUAUUGAGAUGAUGGAGAAGCCACAUGAAACAGCAGACGGGUUUGACGAACAGAACCUCGUUCCAUGUGUUCUAGACCUGUUUCUGGCCGGGACUGAAACUACAUCCACCACAUUAUGUUGGGGUCUCAUAUACCUCAUCACUUACCCAGAAGUACAAGAAAAAGUCCAUGAGGAGAAAGACAGAGUGAUUGGACGCUCACGGGAGCCGAGUAUAGCCGAUAAAGCCAACAUGCCCUUCACUGAGGCGGUCAUCCAUGAGAUUCUGAGAUUUGGAGAUAUUGUACCAAUGAAUGGCUUACGAGUGGCCGACAAAGACACAACCCUUGGAGAGUGUUUCAUCCCAAAGGAAAAAGGGUCUGUUUGGGGGAGCAGCUUGCUAGAAUGGAACUCUUCUUAUUUUUUGUCAGUUUGUUCCGAAAAUUUCGAUUUUCAGCCGCAGAGGGUGAGAAGCUCAACCUUGAUGGAGUGAUAGGAGUAACACGCUCCCCGCACCCCUUCAAGAUCCAUGCAACGGCACACUGACAAUAUUAUAAUCAACAAUAUUAUAAACAAUUAUAUUAUACGUCUUACUUAAUAUGACAUUUGAUCUGUUUAAAUCUUUGAGAAAACAAAUCACUGGAGGUUAUGACCGUUUUUCUGACUCACUUAAAUACAAUAGUUCAGCAAUUCAUGUUUGAUUAAAGGGCGUGAGAGAAAACAGCUUUAGUUCUCAUAUAUGAAACACGGAAGGCAUAAACAUGCUUAGUAAUGCCUAGUUUACAAAAACCAGUGUUGGAUGAACAUUGUCCUAGUUCCAGGUGAAAAAAAAAAAUAGAGAAAAGGUCAAGUUACACAUGACAGGAUCAUCUACCUGUUGGCACAGAUUUCAGAUUGUGGGGUCAGGGGAUGAAGUUCAUGUUUUUAAACAGAUAAUGCAUAGAGAGAGGUAUUAGUCAGCAAAUAUAAGCAAGGUUUUGUCAUGAUAAUAAGUAAAUUGAAAUCCAUAUUCUCAUGUCACUAUGUUUAUGUGCUGAACUGUUUGUGUGCCCUCUCAAGGCUGAGGAAACAUUUCCUCAUCCACUUGUAUUGGCUCCAUUUUAGAUCAUUAAAAACAUAAUAUAAUAUAA